AAUCAAGUGAUGACGACGACGAAGAUGAGCUUGAUGCAGAUACAAAAAAAAUGCGAGAGGCAUUAUCAAGUGCAAUUCUUAGCGAAAAACCGAAUGUACAUUGGGAUGAUGUUGCAGGAUUGGAUGGUGCCAAAGACGCAUUAAAGGAAGCAGUAAUUUUGCCUAUGAAGUUUCCACAAUUGUUUACCG